GCCAAUUCAAAGAAAGAAGAUAAAAGGUAUAGUUAGUUAAGCGCCACAUAAGGUUAUCUCCUUUUUCUUUCUGUCUCUCUCUCUCUCUCUCUCUCAAGUCUCAAGCACAAAGCCAUGGCAGUAGUAUCUCAACUCUCCGCUUCUCUUUCCCUCUCAAUCCGCGAUGUUUGUGGUGUUAGCUCAGCAAGAACUCAUGCCAUUUCUCGAUUACCCACUUCGAGUUUUGCCCCAAUAAGGACAACCUUCGCUACUGGCUCACCUCUCUUAAUAUCAAGAACUUCUCCCCAAAGGAAAUCUGCAAGCAAAACAGCACUAGUUUCUAUUAGAUGUGAGCAAAGUACCCAAGACAACAGUUUAGAUGUAUGGCUAGGACGGCUUGCAAUGGUUGGCUUUGCAGCGGCUAUUAGUGUUGAAAUAGCCACAGGCAAGGGACUUUUGGAGAAUUUUGGGCUUACAUCCCCUUUGCCUACAGUGGCAUUGGCAGUAACAGGAUUGGUGGGUGUCUUGACAGCUGUUUUCAUCUUCCAAUCAGCCUCUAAGAAUUGAAUGAACUCAACUGUGGUUCGGCGUUUGUAAAGUUUGUAACGUCAAAGAUCUUUAAGGUUGCAUUUUUGUUGGUCGCCAGUUGUAAUUUCUUUCAAUACCAAGAAUUGAUCAAUACUUGAGAAUGUAAACUGAUGGAAAAGAUAAUUUAUGUGAAACCUUUCCCUCC